AUGCUGUUGCGUCUGGCCGUACUAUUUUCGCUGUUGUUGGUGCCACUGAGUUUGGCUCAAGAUUACUAUGCUAUACUAGGCGUUAGUAAAGAUGCAACUGAUAAAGAGAUCAAGUCGUCGUACAGACAACUAUCGAAGAAGUUCCACCCAGAUAAGAACCCCGGGGAUGAAGAAGCUCACCACAGGUUCAUCGAAAUCGGCGAAGCAUACGAAGUGUUGAGCGAUCCUGAAAAGCGGAAGCUGUUUGAUCAAUAUGGUGCCGAUGCGUUCAAAAAUGGCGGCGCUGGAGGGCCUAACGGUGGCUCUGGAAGUGGAUUCCACGAUCCAUUCGACAUCUUUGAGCAAAUGUUCAACAGAGGCGGCGGGAGACCCGGCGGCGGAGGGUUUGGCCACAUGCAGAGGCCUCGAGGACACAACUUAAAAGUACGCGAAGAGCUGUCGCUUAAGGAGUAUUACAAGGGUGCUACGCUAGAUUUCAGCCUGGCGCUUAACGAUAUCUGUGAUCAUUGCGGCGGCACUGGAUCGGAAGACGGACAGGUAACCAAGUGUCCAGAUUGCCAGGGCCGCGGUGUUGUAGUACAAGUAAUCAGGAUGGGUAUGAUGACGCAGCAAAUCCAGCAGAUGUGUGGCAGAUGCGGCGGCCAAGGAAAUGUGAUCAAGAACCACUGCACGAGGUGCCAUGGCAGCAAGGUUGUCAAGAAGCAAAAACCGUUCCACGUGGGAGUCCCCAGGGGUGCUGCGAGACACUACACAGAGACCAGGCAUGGCGAAUCGGAUAAAGGCGCUGAUUUCGAGCCAGGCGAUGUGUUCAUCGAGUUUCACGAGAAGAAAACAAAUAACAUGGGCUACAGAAGACGCGGACCGCAUUUGUACAGGACAGAGGUGCUCAGCGCCCGUGAAGCGUUGACGGGAGGCUGGAAGAAAGAGAUCGAGUUCCUGGACGAGACUAAGAGAAUAAGCAUUGCGAGACCCAAGAACGCCGUUGUCCACGACGGGGAGGUGGAGCGCAUCGCCGGCUUUGGAAUGCCGACUCCCGGCGGAAAGCACGGCUUCGGCGACCUCUUCAUAGAGUACAGGGUUGUUAUGCCCAAGGAAUUUUCCAAGGGUGGCAUGAGAGACGAGUUGUAG